AUGCACACCCAGUCAUACCUGAGCCUUGCCCUGGCCCUUGCGGCCCCAGCCGUCGUCAACGCCGUCUCUGGUAGCGGCCACUCGACGAGGUACUGGGACUGCUGCAAGCCCUCCUGCGCUUGGGGUGGCAAGGCCUCCGUCUCGGCCCCUGUCCUGACCUGCGACAAGAAUGACAACCCGCUGACCGACCCCAACGCUAAGAGUGGUUGCGACGGUGGUGGUGCCUUCUCUUGCACGAAUAACUCGCCCUUUGCCAUCAACGACGAUGUCGCCUUCGGUUUCGCCGCCACGGCCAUCUACGGUGCCUCACGUUCACGACCGGGCCCGUCGCCGUUUGGCGGUAUCCCUGGCGCGCGCUACGGCGGCGUCGGCUCGCGUUCCGAGUGCGAUGGUAUGCCGGGCCUCCUCAAGGACGGCUGCCAGUGGCGCUUCGACUGGUUCAAGAACGCCGACAACCCCGACUUCACAUUCGAGCAGGUGCAGUGCCCGAGUGAGCUAGUCGCCAUCUCGGGAUGCCGCCGUGCCGAUGACAAGAACUUCCCCGCGUUCAACAUGAUCGGAAACUCGGCGCCCAAGCCCGCGACGACCAGCAAGGCCGUGACGACUAGUAAGCCUGCCACUACUAGCAAGCCUGCCACUACUAGCAAGCCUGCCACUACUAGCAAGCCUGCCACUACUAGCAAGCCUGUCACGACCAGCAAGGCCGUGACGACCAGCAAGGCCGUGACGACCAGCAAGGCCGCGACGACCAGCAAGGCCGUGACGACAAGCAAGGCCGCGACGACCAGCAAGGCCGCGACGACCAGCAAGCCCGCAGGCGGCUCUCCAUCUGAGCCCCUUGUGGCUGCUUACGGCCAGUGCAACUCGGAGAAGAGCUGGGCCGCGGCCAAGCCGUGCGCAAAGGGACUCCGUUGCGUCAAGCAGAACGACUGGUACUCUCAGUGCCUGCCUUAG